UCCAAAAACUAGAACGUGGCUUGGGCCAGAACGAAAAACGCCAGGAACGCGUGAAAAGCGCCCCUUUGUUCUCCACAUCCAUGCUUUCGCACGGACCGCGUCGUUCCCCAGCAGACCCUUUUCUCUGCCCAACGUCGUCAGCCCCGUAGAAAGAGCGAGAAAGGCCUAGAAGAGCCUCAAGAGGGAGGGAGAUAUCACCUGUGUGUCGGCGGGGUCGGGACCGCCUCGCUUGCGUUUUAGGAGCAGAAGCAGUGAAAAUAAUCGAAUGGUGGUCGGAAACUUUUAAUCCAGUAUUGCCUAGUAUGAAUCCGCAAGAUCUCAGUACUAUGGUUUGGAUGGCACCGAUUACUUCCUCGUUAGACGAAAACUUGGCCAACUAUUACGUCCCCUCCUCCGUUCCGACCGCUAUGGAGGCCGCCCAGCAGCCGCACACUAUGCAGCAGCAGCAACAGCAGCAGCAUCACCAGCAGCAACAGCAACAGCAACUUCUGCAACAACAGUUGGCUUUGGGUGGUUACGGUUUCAUAGAUCAAAACGGUGCGCUUGCAACGUCAGGGCCAGCUGGAGUAGCUGUGCGUGUUACUGGGCAACCACCGUCAGCAACGGCUACAGCGUUAGCUGUUGGAGAAAUGCAAAUGCUUGAUGACCAUAGUGCCACAAGCGAGAUGUCGAUUAACGGAAUGGAUGAGAAUGCUACAAUCGCUGUAAGCGGUGUUCCUAUAGCAGUAGGGACGGAUGAUGCUGACGAUAUUCCAGGUGUUGUCGAUGGAGAACUAGAACAUGCUCAAGAGCCAGCAAUGCAAGCGUUUGGGUCGUACGGCCAAAUGAUGGAUAGCAGCGGUGGAGGCGAUUAUUUAUCGAAUUCGAUGGCGGCACAGGAAAGUCUAAUGCACUUUAAACUAAUGAAUGAAUCGCAGUUGCUGCAAGGCCACUUCUUGGACUACGACAUGUCGCAGGACGACGGUUCGAAUAGCAGCAGCAGUGGCGGUACCGUUGGUACGAAUAAUAACAACCAGUAUAAUGAGGAUGCAACCUCCUCCAUGAUGGAUGGCGCCAAAUCAGUGAAUGUACGCAAGCCACGUUCCACCAAAAUACAUCAGCGUCCAAACGAUUCGGAUGAUCUGCCGCCGCCGUAUCCAGCCAUGUACGCUGUACCAGUGCCAGAGCGAUUUGCCCAUAAAAAGAUCAAACCUUUUAAGCGGCCUGGUUUGGUGUUGAAAACACCAAUCGCGUACAAAGGAGAUAUCGAUCCUUCAGUGAUACCAAUAGAGCGAGACGGGAUGGCUAUUUGCGAAAAAUGCGGCGCAAUCGGAGUGAAGCAUUCGUUUUACACCAAACAACGGCGCUUCUGUAGCAUGUCCUGUUCUCGGUCGUUCGAAUCGUUCCGAGUGUUCAAUCCGUCACAGUAUCGCCCAGGAAGCGGUACAAAAGGUUCCACGGCAGACGACGGCGAAAACAAACAGCACCAAGCAACGUGCGUUGGAGAAAUCGGUGACGGUACUAUUUCGGUGCCUCCCGAUCAGUUAAUUAACGAUCUUGAUUGCGCCACACAUGGCGCCAAUGGGCAAAUCGAUUGCAAAGAAUCGAUUUUGUUGCAACAGGAGCAAGAAGAGCUUCUUCAAGAAAAGCACCAAGAGGAGGAACAAGUACAAACAAUUGGCUAUCGUUUCAAGAUGUCAGUUAGUAAUGGGGAGGGAAGCGUUCUAGUUGGUGGCCAACAAGCUGCCGUUUUUCCUACACCGUCAGUCGUUAGUACCAGCAUUAGCAAUAACAGCAACAGCAGUAGUCAGGAUGAAAGCUUGAGUCUGAGCAGCGUUAACAGCAGUGCUGCAAGUAUCGCUCAAGAAAUAGUGCCACAAAAUGAGAUCCCACAACUACCCCAUGGGGACCGUUUGCCUUCGCCCUGUCCACAGGAUGAUCGUAUCAACAGCAUUCGAAGAAAACCAAACGAGUUUCAUAAUUCGUACGACUGGACGCACUCCUUAUCUGACCCAAAAUUUUUUGCCGCACCUGUCACCUGUUUCCGUCAUGCUCCUGGGUAUGACAUGUGGCCCAACGUGAUAGUUGGCAUGAAGGUAGAAGUGGAGAACACAGAUUGCGAUGUUGUUCAGCAGCCAUUGCUGGGCGGAACACCACACAGCUUCUGGGUAGCAACUGUGCUGCAAAUUUGUGGUUACAAAGCAUUGCUACGUUACGAAGGGUUUGAUGUGAUGGAGUCAUCGAAGGACUUUUGGGUAAAUCUUUGUUCCGCCGAAGUCCAUCCGGUUGGAUGGUGUGCGACGCGAGGCAAACCACUUAUACCUCCGAAAAGCAUAAAAAAGCCAAACCCCGAUUGGAAGGAGUUCCUUGUGAAGCGUCUCUCGAAUGCCCGCACACUUCCAUCAACAUUCUACAACAAAAUCAGCGAUAGUUUUCGGUCACGAUUUCGGGUCGGUUUGAACCUUGAAGUGGUAGACAAGAACCGCAUCUCACAAGUGAAACUCGCCACAAUUAAUCGUAUCGUCGGGAAGAGACUGUACGUGCGUUACUACGACAGUCCACCGGACGAUAAUGGAUUUUGGUGCCACGAGGAUUCUCCGCUCAUCCAUCCGGUUGGGUGGGCCACCACGGUAGGCCACAAUCUUGCUGCGCCUGACGAAUACAUGGAGCGAAUGAACGCGGCAAGUGAUCAAAUUCUUGAACCAAACGAAGAUGAUGCCACGAUGGAUCUGUUCAAAACGAAUUUCUCAUUUGAGGAGUACUGUUACGAUGGAAGACAGACUGGCUUUGAGGAAAAUAUGAAACUGGAAGCGGUAGAUCCACUGAAUCUGUCCUCGAUCUGUGUCGCAACGGUUAUGUCUGUGUUAAAGUUCGGUUACAUAAUGAUCCGCAUCGAUUCAUACGAUCCUGAUGUAAACGGUGCGGAUUGGUUUUGCUAUCAUGAAAAGUCACCCUGCAUAUUUCCUGUCGGGUUCUGUGCAAGGCAUAACAUAACACUUACACCUCCGAAAGGUUAUGAUUUGGCCAGCUUUACCUGGGAGCAGUAUCUACGUGAUACUAGCUGCAGACCUGCCACCGAGGAUAUAUUUCAUCGAGAACAGAUCCGGCAACGGUUUCAGGUUGGAAUGAAGCUGGAAUCGGCCGACCUUAUGGAUCCGAGACUUAUUUGUGUGGCAACCAUUUCGCGAGUAGUUGGAAGGUUAUUAAAGGUGCACUUCGAUGGUUGGGACGAUGAGUAUGAUCAAUGGUUGGAUAGCGAAAGUCCCGACAUUUAUCCGAUUGGUUGGUGCGUACUUGUUGGCCACAAGCUGGAAGGGCCUCGUAUUCUCCCGAAGAUACCUCCUACGCAGAAAGUAUCGCCCAAAACAACCAAGAAGGGUAUUAAGAGGAAGAAGAAACUUAAAACGGAACCGAUUGGGCCACAAUAUGAGGACUGUGAGUCUCGUGUUCAACCUGCACCAACGACCCGAACUGCUCGUAUUAAGAAGGAACAACAACAUUUUGAACAGCAGAAACAACUAUCAACGGCCCAGUUGGAGUACAACUCUCAGCUUACUGUACCCCCUUCCCAUCAGCAAGACUAUGGAGAUGUUGGCAACGCGCUCCUUAUGAGUCACCAUUUGCACCCAGCAAACGGCGGGUUGCUGCCAGCGUCUCUUCAAGCAUUUAUCAAACACGAACCUAAUCAAGAUCCAUCUACGACACUGUUAUGUGGAACUAGUGCCCUUGGACCAAUAUUUGACCAUUCGACCGGCGCUGAUAGCGUCGAUGGAGAUGAACGAACUGAGGACGACGAUGGAGAGUCAAGCUCUGCCACGGGCCACCCUUCGACUGCCCCGUCAUCCGAGAUUGCUGAUAACGAACUGGAAAAGGUAAUUCCUCGGCUCAUUAAUCAAGACAUGCUGCUGGUCAAUAGCAAUUCACCUGACUCCAGUGGCGGUGUCCCUGGGAAGAGCAGUAGUAGUCAAAAUAAUUCCAGUGGUAGCACCAGUGGUUCUACAGCUACCGUACCGUCUUUCGGCAUUGCUGGUAGCAACCAGAUUUCACCCGAAAAUUGGGAAGUAAAGGACGUGGCUUCGUUUCUUGUGAUGAACGACUGCGGCGUUCAUUCGGAUCAGUUUGUGCAGAAUUGCAUUGAUGGCAAACGAUUACUGGAACUUAGUAAGGAUGAUAUCAUCACGCUGCUCAGUCUUAAGGUAGGGCCCGCGCUUAAAAUCUUCGAUCUCAUCCAGCAGCUUAAGUGCAAAAUUGAUCCUACAAAAUCACGUCAUCUUGCAAAAGGUGGGAACAAAAAGUUUCUUUAGUAGCAGUAUACAGGAAUAAUGUCCACACUUUUUUUGCAUCAGAGUAAUAAUUGGUCCAAAGCAUCUAAUCGUCUCUAUUCUUAAUAGACUCUGCUCCGUUUUGUCGAUUUUCAUACGUCCGUUGCAUAUAUUGGUUUCCAAACAAAUACUCUGUUUUAAUAAUACAUUAGAACAUUAGUUUUCCUCUGAAAAUAUUCGAGAAAGCUUUUUCUAUCAUUUUCCCAACUAUUGGGAAGAAAUAAUCAUUCUUUUUUCGGUAUCAAGAAUCUACAUAGAUCUACACAAGCAAUCAGGUUUAUCAAUAGACAAUAGGUAUAUCUAUUCUUGUCUGAAUGAUUUUUUUUGCAUUAUCAUCAACAGAUGUAAGCUAACAGAUGGCCUAAGUGUCAUGAUUCUGUAUUUCCUUUUAGUAGAUCUGAGUACCGGUACCGCGUAGAAUUACUUCUAAACAUCCUUAUACUUGCAUCCUUUCGAACCAUUUUCUAAUAAUACAUUCGAUUGUAUUAUACUUAAAUCAACUCAUUGUAUGUGUUCAAUAGCAUUGGAAAGAGUUUUACGAACUAUAUCAUGGAUUGGAAUUGAAUAGAAUUGUUAACUCCGGCCUAUUAACCGUACUGAAAAUAAAAACUCAAUCAAACUCCUCCGUUAUGUAGCAAUCGGUGGGUAUACCCAUCUUUCGUCACGGUGUGUGAGGUUUCCUUGCUAAACUUUUAUCGGAUGCCGGCAUAUAACUUCAACCACCUGUACAAACCAAAUCAUCAAUAGCGAAAAGCUCGAAAUCUAAAUCGGGUUAACAGAAAGCAGGAACUCACAGUUUCAGGGAAUAUCCACAAUCGGUACAAGCAGAGCACCGCAAAUACAUGUUUGAAAAUAGAUUAAGGCACACAUGUUUCUCUGCUGGCAUUGUUUCAAAAGCUCUUUUUCGGAUGGUUACAACAAUGCAUGAUGAAGCAUGAUAAAACAAAAUCAUAUCGUCAACAAAAAGCAGCAAACACAAAUUAUACAAAACAAUAAUGACUGAACCCAGAAUUAUAUAUUAUCAGUAACGGAAUAGAGCCAGCAGAGAAGAUGGAGCUUGUACAAUAUAUCACAAAAUCAACCCUAUCGGGAAGCAUGCUAUCGCGGUGAAUGUGUUGAAGUAUUUUCUGUACUAUUCUUUCUCUGGUGUUCUGGUUAUGAGCGCAAAGGCUAUAGGUUGGUUUGAGGGAAAUUGGUGAAAUCAUAAAGAAAACCCGAACUCUCAUGUGCGUGGAAUUGUACCUCGUCCUCAUUACCAAACAGUCUCUGUGGGAUAUAAUCACAAUUGAUUCGGUCACCAGCCGAAUUAUAGCAGAACAACAUCCCAUAACACAUUUCAAACCAUCUGGUAAAAUAGCAAUGAAUUCGCAGGCGAAUGCGCUCAUGUUAGGAGUAAGGAGUUAGUGCUUAUGAGGUAGAGAAAAUGAUAGUUGAAUUGGACGGUAUUCUUGUUUUGUUCCGAAUGAAAUGAACCGAAAAAUAAGAUGAGUAUUCUAAUAACAGCUUUGAGUUUGAAGAAACGAUCUGUAAAAAUAGACCUCUUAAUGAGGACAGUAAAAAUAGACCAUACAUUCGAAUCAUAUUGGCUGGAAAUAUUGGUAAACCGGCUAUUACCGACGCCAAAAAUGCCUGAAAUGGUUUUGUUAAGCCGGCUACACUUCCAGUAUGUGUGUGAAUUGAUUAGCAUGAUUAAAAGAUUGAUAUUGGUCAGUUAAGAUCUACACAAAAAUAUAAGAACUGUACAGUUAUAUAGUAUAGAUGCGAGCAAGUUAAAUCCUAGGCACAUAAGACACGGUAAGCAGCGGUAAUUGAACCCGUGCCAGUGCACAGGCACAAAGACGAGUAAAUAUUUUAUUUAAAAAAGGGAAAUCUAUUGUUUCUGUUGUCCGAAUC